GCUAAAAAGUUCAAAAAAUAUGGGGAUCCUUUUUCGAAAGCUCUGGUAGAAGGAAACCAAUGGUCUAAAAGUGUCAACAAAAAUCUAGAGCUUCUAUCAACAAAAUAAUACGCAUUGAUUUCAAGUUCGACACAAACACUCACCCAAAAGCCCAACAUGCCACCUUCACGCGGAACCCCUCCUUCGUCCUCCUCUAAGGGGACGGCGACGAUCACUAGAAGUGGGUCUCCUGAACAAGGAGUCAAGAAGGUGAGUCAUCCCAGUUCGAAAGUCCCCGUUGUGCAUACGGGUAUUGUCGAGUCCCGUAUGAAGUCUCGGGUGGCGUUUCGGAUGUUGGUACAGUUCGGAUACAAACCACAGAAGGACGGCAUCAUUCUAGUCGAACGGUCGACAGCAAACGCAGAAUUAUUCGAUUCUUUGCUGGCACUGGGAAUGCAUCAGGGUCCAGAUGGGGCUAUUCGCGUAUGCAAGUCGCCUUCGGCACAACUGCUGGGUGGAGGUAUAAUACUUCUUGUGUCUAGCUGGUAGAGUGCUGAGAGUUUGCUGGAAAAAGAACUUGAUCUUCAUGGGUUCAUUUUCAUAUGCACAAACUGGUAGCAUUCUUUCUACUCCUAGUAUCUAAUGGAUCAUUGUUGAUAUCUCGCCCUUCGUCAGGGUCAAGCCACAAGCACCCCAGCAUCGCUUCGGUCGUGGAUCCGACCACGUCUGCGCCUAAAUAUCCCUUUUUGGCUGCUUUGGAGAAGGAAGGAGAACCUGAAGAAGCAGACUUGAGCAAGGAGAUAGGAGACAGCAGACUUGCGCAACCUGAAGGAGAUAGCAAACUUGAGCAACCUGCUGAAGACAUCAAGGACACGAAUCUUCGCUCCGCCGCUCGUCAGGCAUGCGAGGUUCGUGUGGCUGAGGCGAGGAACAAGCACUUCGACUUGAGUAAAAGAAAGGUGCAGGAAAUCUACAACGAUAAUUUCUUCAUCGAUGACGGAGUGGCGGGGGAUAUGAAUUUUGUGGAUGAAUUCUUCUCGGCAAGCGGCGUUGACAGUCAUGGAGGACGGCUUGGGGUUUCGGCAAGCGGUGUUGACAGUCAUGGACGGCUUGGGGUAGCCAAUUUGUGCCAGGAACUAGAACGCAAAUUAGAAGCGAGGGAGCAGAAGGAGGCUGCUGCGUGUGGGGGCGGAGGUGGCGGGUUGGGACAGAAUUUCAACCUACAAGGAGGUGGAAGUGCAGGAGGUAGAAAUUCUUCUAUACCAACAGUAGCUUCAACUUCUGAAGGAGGUUCGGCUCCCCGCGGAAAGAGUAGAAUAUCUUCGAACAAUGCAGCAAUCAAAGAGAACAAGGAGAACAACAAUCCAAAUCUUAAGCCUCCUGUUUUGCCGCAUCCACCUACAACAACACGAAGUAGAAAAAACACCGAUGCUAGUACAUUAUCGUCUGCUAGAGGGCGUCGUCCGACCUCUGGGAAAGCAGCGUCACAACAUAGCGUUGGGGAGCAAGGCUCUUCUGCGGCUUCAGGUUCUGGUGUUGUCACUGGAGGACGUGGAUCUACUACUACAGUUAUGGGUAUAGGAAAUGCAUCCUCAAAGAAAGUCAUCUGAAAGAAGAGGACAAGGGGAAAAAGGCACUAGAUCGAUGGUCGCAGCUUGAGAUGCAUUUCCUACACCUCUAAUACCGCAACAAGACGAAGUGCCCGUUCCCGGACAGAAUCCGGCUCGCGCAUGCCGAACGCUUCUCCACCGACACGCAGUAUAGCUGGCACACCACGCAGUAGCCCCUCUUGUGCUGCGAGCUCGUUUGAGUACAAUGCCGGCCCCGGUGUUCAAAUGCAUCAGCCAGGUUUCGUAUCAGCAACAUCUUCCAAGCAGAAAUGGUGCAAGUCAACAGCUACUAGUAGUACGCAUAAUACCAAUGCGAUGCCAACCGUGAUGGCUUCGCCUACGACGGCAGCUAGGUAUAGGUUGCAACAAUUCGCAAAUGAGUAUCAUGUAGCCUCCAAGGAACAAGUGCUGGGAGGCAAUCACCUGGCAAAUGAUCUUCAUGGACCUCUUGCACCGAGCAGUGUCAGUUCUAGUAGUUACACUACUGCAACUUCUGGCUUUGCUCCUUCAGGAGUGGCAUCGUCCGUGAAUCACGGAGUGAACAUGAUGAAUUCAGGAGUUGGUAAUCACCAACCAGGAGGCGUUAUCAAUGUCAAUCCCAGUACUAUGGUGAAACGCAAGCCUUCACUCGACACAAUGACGCGUAUAUUUUUUCGCGGAAAACAGAAAAAGCCGAAGGAAGACCCUGAUGCAGUAGCGGCAAGAGCAGCUGUGCAGGAAAUGUUCGAUAGGCUGGCGAAACCUAGAGAAGUGGCAUCGAACGACAAGGACAAAACGAGAUUGCUGUUAUGAAAAACCAUUAGAUGAACCUUGAUGUCGAAGUUGAGACUUGAAUGAUUGAUUUUAGAUUAGCCAUCAUCGAUCUUAAUGUUGGCUUGAGGCUUGGGCUUUGGGUCGUGGCAAAUUUAUAUUUCAACAUCUGUAGCUGUCAUGCAAUACUGAGACAUAUUUCUCCACUACGGUAGACUCUCACACAUGAUUCUCACCUUCAAUUCAAAUCUAAUGGGAGCAGCCAACAGGCGUUACGACUCAGUCGAGGAACAAAAUGCGGCUGUCUCUAGACUAAUGCGAAAGAAGAACGACUCAUCUUCUUCAUCAAAAGAACAGCAGGAUCAUGAUGUAGAAGGUCACAUAGAAGGCCACAACAUAGACGGACUUUCAGCACAACUACAUCAGGGACCUUCUUCAGGAACACCACCAGCAGGGGAUCAACAGCAGAAUCAACGUGGAGAUCUUCUACCAAAAAAACCCAGAGUCGGCGCAGCUUACAGGACUAGCAUGCUCCCUCCAAAACCGCCUCCGCCCCAAAGGCGUCGUCCGCAAGUGGCGUUUGUCUCCAAGGUUGUGGAGAAUAAGAAGCCCGCCGCGAGGUUUGCAUGGCUCUUUUCAAAGAUCGCUGCGGAAAGCAAAGUUCUGGUACUAAGUUUUGAAGAACCUCGUCCAACUACGUUUGGAUCCAGAGAGCUGAUAUAGCUUGUACGGGUGAAGGUUUCCAUGUUACAUACUUCUAGAGUGGGUACAUUCAUUCAUUCAUAGAGCAGGCAUCUUCAUGUUUCCUCCUUAGCAUCUUCAGGGUGGCUUUCCUAACGGUAGCAUCAAGAUAUCGACGCUUCUUCUAUUUCCCUACUCGCCUUCCCAGGUGAAUUUCACCAACCUGGAGCCUUCAACUGUUCGUGGCCUAGUGGAGGAAAUGCUGUGGACGGGCAUGAUGAUCCGGAGAGAACAGGAGUCCGACACAGUGUCGAAGCAGUUACUCGACCGCUUGCCCAACUUAGCUCAAGUGGCCCUGUGGCUGUAUCAAAACGAGCAGAUGCUGUCCUCCUGGGUGCUGACCAAGAUAGAAACCGAACUGCCGCUAUUGUUCCGCACUCUGACAACUUCUGCAGGUUCUGCCUCUUCGAGUUUGGCAAAAACGAGGCAGAACUGCUCGACGUCUCAAGGACAACAUCUGCCGGGACCCUCGUCACCCGAACACAACUACAUACCUGGUAGGAACGAAGCUGCAGUAAGACUAGCUGAGAUCCGGAAAACCAAAGACUUGGACGGCUUGGUCAAAAUGGACGACUUGGUCAAAGUGCGAGACUACUUGCUAGGUCUAGCCUCCGCAAUGUUAGGGGAGGAAGACGAGGAGGAAGUAGAGGACGAGGUUGGGGUUGAUCAAGAAGAGAGAAUUCUCGACAAUGGAGAACAAGGGCAAUCGGAAGAAGAGCAGGUAGCUGUUGCGGAAAAUCAAGACUCUUCAUGUGCUCCACCACUUCCCGAUGACGCACCAGCAAUAGUGCUAGGAGAAGAGCCUCCGAGUUCGAAGCCAACCACUAAGAGAGAAGUCAAAAAAGGCGGUCCUACUCCCAUCGCUUCUCCUGGUGAAGAGUGGUCGGUCGAAGAAAGUACAACAGAAGAAGGAGGUCACAGUUCUUCUAGUGCUUAAGGCUACCGCUGGAGCAACAUCCGGAACGUCAUCUUUGGCCCUUUUUUCAAGGGGAAAAAGGGACCAGGGACGCUCUCAGGGAUGCGAGCGCGGUAGCUCUAAAUUGCUGAAGAGUCUUCGUGUGCCGAAUCUUCGUGUGCCAUGUCUUCUUCCAGUAGUAGUACAGAGGAUUUGCUUGAAGUGGUGACAAAACGGCAACAGCUUGUUGCUAGUGAAGUGGAUGAUAAUGCACAUGAAGAUAGUCCUCCUCCUGCUCCUGGUCCUCCAUUUAGUACUACUAGUGCAGGAGCUCCUGAUACUAGCCCUCCUAGUGAGAAGAACAGCAAUAUUACCAGCCCGCCAAUAAAAGGUAAUAGUCCUCCUCCUGUUUCAUCAAGGGAUAGUCCUCCUCCUGUUUCAUCAAGGGAUAGUCCUCCUCCUGUUCCAUCAAGUCGUUCUCAUCAGCCGUUUGAAGAAGGAUUUCCAGGAAGUCUAGGACCAUCUCCAGCUUGUAAAAUGCCGUCCGAUGACUACGGUUAUCAGCGCAUGUUAUGGCCAGCCGACUCUAUAAUAUGGGAAUUCAAAGUUAGAUUUAGAUCCAUAAUAUGGGAAUUCAAAAGCUUCUUGCCCCCCUUUUGUCACAGAAGACAAGGGUAGCAGAGAGAGGUGGCAAGAUAGGGGGAGAUUGAGGGGAAUUCAAAAGCGCCCGACUCUCUAAGCAUGACUGAGUGGACGAAGAAACAAACACGAAGUCACUCGCCAAAAGCUCCUCCUCAAGCGCCUCCUCAAGCAGCUCCUCCGAUGGCUGCCAAGUCCGCAUAUUCACCACCGCAAAAGGGGAGAAGGCGUUUCAUCAUGAAGAAGCCGUCAGGGAGUCCCAGUGCGGAAUGUACACUUAUUAGUGCUGCUGGAAGGGUAGCACCUCCAGUGAGCAAUCUGCAUAGCAGCAAGUCACCUCGAAAGUCGAACAUGAGCUAUUGGUUAUUCGACGAUAAGGAUGGCCAAGGGUAAUCCUGGGACCCAAGACUAUGGCAGAAGACAUUGAUGAAAUAAACUUCUUCAGUAGCAGCUCGUGCCCUUUCAUCAAAUUCAAUUCCUUUCACUAAUUUUCUACUUACUUACAUUACUUGCUCCUGACAAAGACAACAUUUGAUUUCACAAUCCACAGUAAAAAAGCUAAGGCUUUUUGACACUAGCUGCACGUGCUCGAAGGCUUCAUGUUUUUGCGAUUUUUAGAUGAUUCAAAUAAGGUGCACAAUAAGAAUAAAGUACAUCGAGGAAAUGAAUGUAACAGCAGC